CGACAGCUCAAGUCACGAAAAUUUGUCAAAUCAAACGACAUUUUCAUUCAAUAACUUCCAGAGGCUAAGUCAAUCUUCCAGGCACUUCCCGAACGAGAACGAAAACGAAAACUAGGAAACAAAACAUGCCCUGAAGAAGAAGAAGAAGAAGAAUCCAAGUUUUUAAGUGCUGGAAACAUCUCCAGCGUUGCUCAACCUAUUUAUACAUACAGAGCUAAUCGCAUGUGAUCUCACCCAAUUGUCACUUGACUCUUGUUCAAAGGUUUCGAGUUCCGAAGAAGAACACGAAAAGCUUGCUCUCAGCUGAUCUGAAGUUCGACAGAAGAGAAUGUCGCCUGCUCUGUCCCUGUCUCUCUCUCGCCUACCUCUGUGCAAAUCCCAAGACGGCAUCCCCAAGGCGAGCCAGCAUCCCCGGGUCAGCUCCACGAGCCGAAACCCAUGUCAGAAAUCUCCUUCCGACACUAUCGUCGGCAGGAGGAAGCUGUUCGCAGCUGCUGCUUCGACGGGUCUAGGGCUAGGAACUUCUGUUCUUGGGCCUGCAAGAGCGGAGCCCCAGAGCCCGAUCGAGUCCGCCUCGAGCAGGAUGUCCUACACCACGUUCUUGCAGUACUUGGACGAAGGUGCGGUGAGGAAGGUGGACUUGUUCGAGAAUGGGACCGUCGCGAUUACGGAGAUCUUCGACCCCGCCCUGGACAAGGUCCAAAGGGUGAAGGUUCAGCUGCCGGGGCUCCCCCAGGAGCUGCUCAGGAAGAUGAAGGACAAGAACGUGGACUUCGCAGCUCAACCUGUUAAAAAUAUGUCUCGAGUUUGA